GAACAGCCACAUUGGAGAUUUUGGGAAGAUAUCGAUGAAGAUAGUGAGGAAAACUAUUUACAAUUGGCUCGUCGCCAAUAUAAAAUGAAAGUUCGCAUCAACAUUGACAACUGGGACGACGAGGACUUUUUCAUGAGAUUCCGUUUGCAAAAGAACACUGUAAUGAUGAUCUUGCAAAUUAUUCGUUCAUCUUUGGAAAUUGAUGAAACCAGGUAUUUGAACCAGUUUAUUAAUAAAAGAUCAAUGCAAAUCGCAAUUGCGGACUUCUCCGGUGUUUGUAUUUCAUCUGUAUGCCGUAUUAUUCGACGUGUAUCGCUUGCUUUAGCGCAAAUGUACUUACGCUUUAUAAAGAUGCCACAAACGCAGAGUGAACUGCAGGCAGCAAGCCGUGACUUCUACGCUAUUGCUAAAUUUCCGAGAACAAUAGGUGCGAUCGAUUGUACACACAUCAAAAUACAAUCACCUGGUGGUGACCAAGCUGAGAGCUACCGGAAUCGUAAAUCUUGGUUUUCACUUAAUGUACAGACAGUUAGCUCGGCGAAUUUAAAAAUAUUGAACAUCGUCGCAAGGUGGCCUGGGGCAUCCCACGACCAACAAAUUUUUAAUAAUUCUACUUUAAAGAUGCAAUUCGAGGAGGGGAAAUAUAGCAACUUUAUACUCGUUGGUGAUUCUGGAUAUCGCAAUACAAAGUACUUGGCGACACCUUUUCUUCGAUGUAACACUUCCGUUGAAGCUCUAUAUAACGAAAGUUUAAUCCGUACCCGAAAUGUUGUAGAACGUUCAUAUGGCGUGUUGAAACGACGAUUUCCAAUUCUUGCAUUAGGAAUGCGAGUGAAAAUAUCAACAGUUCAGCUUAUUACUGUUGCGUGCGCAGUAUUACAUAACAUUGCCAUCGAUGUCAAGGAAGGGAUGCCACCAGAAGAAAUUGAGGGAUUUGACGAAAUGUUGGCUACAACGGUACUUCCGGAUCAAUCCAAACGCGGAAAGGAACGCAUUGGGCUGUGCUCGAGACCAUUUAGUAAAUAA